AUGAGCCCGGACCCCACCGAUGCAGAAGCCGUGAAUAUCCUGAACCCGGGGGAAGUGGUGUACGAUGACGUGCAGGUGUAUGGCGUGGUGAACAUGGCCGUGAUCCUAGAGUGCGGCACCACCUUACCGGACAUUUACAUCUGGGGCUUCACCAAGCAGGGCACCGACAAAAUCAAGGCUGUGGUGUACAACUUCGGGCAUGGUCCUCGGGUGCAGGCGCUGGCCGCCACGCUGGGCUCGGUAGCGGUGAUCUCGCACAGCGCGUCGCUCAGCAUCGACCAGCUUCCACGGGCGUCAGAAGGCCUGUACACGUGCCAAGCCUUCUACGAGAGGCCAGAAGGACCCGAGUUCCGCUACUACUACGUACGCCUCACCGUCCGCGUUCCGGUCAGUAAGCCCUAUGUCCUGCUGAGCGAUGCUUCUCCGGUGGAGGGAUCGGUGGUAGUGCUGCGCUGCGGCCUGGGAAACGGGACCUCACCCAUCCUCUAUGAGUGGGAGCACGAAAGGCCCGGCACUCUGUCCACUACGAUCGCCCGGGCAAACAGCAGCAUGCUCAUCAUGUCCAACGUGAACCGGAACAACACCGGUUGGUACCGCUGCGUGGUCAGCAACGCGGUCAACCUGGAACGCUCGGACCGGGCCCUGAUGGACGUAGUCUACGGCCCAGACAUACCCCAGAUUGACGUGACGCCGUACAGUCUGACGGAGAAGGGAUACUCGGCCCUGGAGCGUGAGCGGGUUCUGCUGAUGUGUCAGGCCCAGUCCAACCCUCCGAGCGUGUACACCUGGUACUACAACAACUCCCAGGUCAACGGUGGACCCAGUUUCAUCAUCAACAAGAUCCUCCGCUCACACACCGGAAAGUACGCCUGUCGGGCCCAGAACACCCAGCUCGACACCAGCUCCAUCAAAAGCAUCAACCUGACAGUUUUCUACCCACCGGACGGCUCUCCGUCGUGUUCGGUGGAGCCCGUGCUGAACCACAGCUCCCUGAGCCUGCAGUGCUCCUGGCCGGGGGGGCUGCCGGCCCCCACCCUCCACUGGACCCGAGGGCUGCUGGGCCUGGGCCAGGAAGUAGCCGUCCCGGGACAGGAAAUAGACAAACUGAGCAACAACGUAACCCUCCCGCGGCGGUGGCCAGGGCGUCAAACAACACCUUGUUCACCUGCCUGGGCUCGUAUGCGCCACCCAACCACAGAGCCUACUGCAGCAUGCGCACCUGUGAGUGUCACGCAGCACACGGACCAAUCACAUCGCACCCCAGGGACCUCACCAUUCACCAUGUCUUGUUUUUUUUCGGACUCCCAAGAUUCACCGCCGGCGGAGCCUGUGUGUUUCGCCAUCGCGACCCGGAACAACACGUACCUGAUGCUCUCCUGCUCCUGGAACGGGGGGGUCCCGCGGGCCCUGCUGUGGUGGGACGGGCCCGAGGGAAGCGAUGGCGGGGGCCAGCCGGGGGAGGGGAACGCCAACAUUCUGGUGCUCCGCCACGGCUCCGCCCGGAGCGGACAGGCCUACACCUGCCGUGCCCAACACCCCCUGGUGGCGACACCCAAGAGCUGCAGGGUGACUCUGGAGGCCCCGGUGCUGGUGACCCAGCGCAGCUUGGUGUCCGUCUACGAGGGGGGCGACGUCCAGCUCACAUGCAUCCUGGGAGCCAAUUACCCGCCAGCCAAUCAGAUCACCUGGUUCAACAACCACAGGAAGGCCGUGCUGGACGUGCCCAGGAAGUACCAGCUGCAGCGGGCGGCCGCCUGGGCCAACCUAACGGUGCGCGAGGCGGACGGGGCGCAGGACAGCGGCCAGUACUGGUGCUCCACCGCCAACGCAGUGGGAGGGGCCGAGAUCGCCGUCACCUUAUUGGUCCUGAGGUACCCCAUGCCCCCCAACGUCACCCUGCACAGGGCGAUAUACAGCAGCCGCCAGCGCGGAGAGGUGGAGCUGGGGUGGAGGAUGGAGACCGACGGAGGCGGGGCCGGAGGAGGAGGAGGGGGGGAGGAGGAGGGGGGAGGCCCGACCCCCCUCUUCACCGGCUUCCUGCUGGAGAUCCGAUGGCUGACGGAGCGUGCGAAGCGUAAGGGGGGCAAGAAGGACGAAGGCAGCUUCUCAGAGUGGCGGGCCAGCGUGGUGACGGAGGCCGGGGCGCGCCGCCACACGCAGGGCAGCCUGGCCCCCACCAACACCUACCAGUUCCGCGUCACGGCGCUCAAUCACCGCACGGCGGGCCACCCGUCGGCAGAGCGGACCCCAGCGGACCCACCAUUCGGUGCGUAUCCUGCUGUGAUUGGAGCUGCCAUUGGUGGAAUGAUUGUUGCAGCUAUUCUUACAUUGCUGAUACUCUUGUUCCUAUUACGCAACCGCAAUUCCCGUCUACGCGAUAUGCUGUUCGGCAUGCAGCACGGCCAGUCGAGAGAAAACAUCAACUUCCCCGAUGACGAGCUCGCAGACGGUGAUGACCUUGGUUCCAGCCCAGUUCCCGCCAUAUCGCUGCCCAGAGCGGCCUCGCCUAUCCCAACCUCGCCCCCCACCCGAACAGGACUCGCCAACCAACAGCCAAGCCCCGCCCACUGGAGACGACGAGCCCGUCAACGUCACCAUCACUGUGAAGGCCACGGGUUCCUAGCCUGCAUCGGAGCCGUUGCUCUUGAAAAACAUUUUGUACUCUUUUGGCUUUUAGUGAGCGACACGAGUUUAUAAAAACACAAAAUAAAUAGUUCUAGGUUCACAGUACAAGUGUUGGUCAAUAUUGCAUAGAAUGCCGCACUCCACAUUAAAGUGACUGAAUACUGA